GUGUGUAUGUGUGUGUGUGUGUGUGUUUGUACACAGGAGAUCACACAAUGCAGUGGCUUUAUGGCUGCAGGAUCGCUGAUGACGGCACCAUCAGAAGCUACAACCAUUACAGUGUUGAUGGAACUGAUUUCCUCCAUCUCAAUACAAACAAUCUCACCUGGACUGCAUUUAACGAGAAAGCUGAGAUCUUCAAAAACAACUGGGACAUUAAAGGGAAUGAGGCUCAGCACAUGACCAGCUACCUGAAGACAAAGUGCAUUGAUAGUUUAAAGGAAUAUGUGUCUCACCUAAAUACGUCACAGAAGACAGAUGCUCCUACAGUGUCAGUGAACCAGAAACACUCGCCUUCUCCGGAGGUGGUGUGUCACACUACAGGUUUAUUCCACAAAGUAGUGAUGAUCUCCUGGAGGACGGACGGAGAGGACGUGCAUGAGGACGUGGAGAUCAGAGAGACGUUACCCAACCAGGAUGGAAGCUUCCAGAAGAGAAGCAUUCUGAAAGCCAGGUGAGGAGCUGCAGAAACACAACUACACCUGUGUGAUUCAGCACAGCAGCUUGGAGAAGGAGUUAGAGGAUAAAGGUCCUGAUCAACACCACAUGUACAGUAGAAACAAUAAAUCUAAAUUAUGCAGCAGAUAAUAAAGACUCUGUGCUGAUUCAACAGGUGGAUUAUCAGAUGGAGGACAGGCUGGUAUCAUUGUUGCUGUAGUCGUCAUCAUUGUUGCUGUAGUCGUCAUCAUUGUUGCUGUAGUCGUCAUCAUAGUUGCUGUAGUCGUCGUCAUUGUUGCUGUAGUAGUCUUUGUUCGGAAGAAGAAAAACUUCAGUGAGAAGAGGAACGAGAACGUCAGAUUUAAUGGACUUUUGUCUGAGCAUGUGUAACGUACAGGGGUUGGACAAUGAAUUGACCAAUGAAUUGCUACUGCUAUUGGUUCGGUGCCUUGCUCAAGGGCACCUCAGUCGUGACCUUAGGGUUAUGAGUCAAACUCUCUAACCAUUAGGCCACGACUUCCCCGAAGUCAAGACAAGGGUUAAGUCAAGCUUCAGCAAGUCAUGACAGUCACAGAGCCGCUCUGUGAAAUAUGAACUGAAAACAGCAGAGACAACAAGAUAACAUACCAAGAAGGAAAAUUGGCAAGACGGGAAAUUAAAUUGAUGCAUUAUAAAUGGACUGUCAAAGGACUCAUAGCAACUGAAAGAGUGUCCAACAGAUUCUUUGAAAAUAUGGACUUAGUAAUGCUGAAGAGGAUUGUCAAAUAACAAUGUAUUUGUAAUGUAUGUUUGUACACUGGAAAGAACACUUCUGAAAUAGUGAGUGGUGAUAUUACUGACGGGCACAUAGUGUUGGCAGGGUGGGAAUUUUCCUUACAUUUGGCAAAACUAGGGAAGAAGUUCUAACCCAAUCUUAUCCCAAAAAUGUAGUGGACAACAUGGGGACCAAUCUAAGAACAUUGGGAGAUGUUGGGAACCAAUUAGUAAAAAAAACAGCUUGACAAUAAUCUAAUAAGGCAGUCUGAGGCAUGUGCUACGGUUGCAGUGUUAUUUUAAGUUGAACGGUAACAGGGCAUUUGAUAGGAUUGCUAUCAACAUGGCAUUAACAUGGAUUGCUCAAGGCCUCUUGUAAAAGUAUUCUGAAAAAUCUAUUGUGGAAGGUACAGGACCACCAGAUGUAAUAAGUUACAUGAUGUAAAAAGUCAUGAAGUCCAAGGAAUUGUCUGUAGAACUCUGAGACAGGAUUGUAUCAAGGCACAGAUCUGGGGAAGGGUACAGAAAAAUUUCAGUGCUGUGAAUACUUUCUGGAUGCAUUGAGGGCCUUUGGGACCCAGUUGGGUCUGCUCGGGUUGAAUGUGUGGAUAAUGCUCAGAGUGGGGGGUUAUAUGCAAAAGGAGGUGGAGGCAAAAAUAAUGGUAAAGUAGAAGACCUAAAAUCUAAAACUAAUGGAAAUUGAAAAACGAGAAAAGCAAUGGCAUGUGACAAUGAUAAAACUUGAAAAUAAUGGGGAUUUUCAAAAAUAUGGAGGGAACAUCACUAAUAUACUAGAAAUUAAGGGGUGUUUGGGUAUUAGACCAGAUCAUUUUUGGGAAAUUUUGAUGAAUUGAUCUCAGGUUCAUCGCUGUUUUUGCAAUAAACUCUUUGAUUUUCA